AUGUGCAAAUUCAUGGAACUUGAGUUCUCCUGCUCCACUGCCGACAACCCACAUCGGCUGGAAACUCCAGGGUUGCUCCCUUGCGACGAUUUCCAGAAUUGCGUAGUUGAACUGGUCGUCCUCAAAAAGCCAGACCCAGAGACUGGACUAAGCUCACGAGUAUUAGUGCGACACUACGAUGUUGUCAAAAUCGAUGGUGAUUGCCAGAAGUGCGCUGAGCGAAAGACCACACUCAUACAAAACGAAGAAAUAAUCUUCCUAGCACGCAAGAAAGAGUCGAAAGACAGGGACAAGCUUCCAGAAGGUCCCACUAAGGGAAGUAAGGAGAAAUUCGGAGAUGUCGAAACCCUAAACCAAAUCCGCCAAAACAAAAUUGACAAUCAGCCUGACCUUGUCAAGGCGUCGCUAUGGUUUCCCCUGAUGGUCGACAAGGCAUGUUCUGCAAGAGACAUACCUGUGGUGCUACGGAAUAGGACUGUCUCUUGGAUAUCUCGACUACUCGUAUGA